AUGCAGNUGCCCGGCUCCUCCAUGCGCUUCCUCGAAAAGUCACGAGCCAUGGCCGUCGACACAAUCUGCUACGAUCUAGAAGACUCGGUGACGCCAGGCAAAAAAGCAGAAGCACGUUCAAAUCUCCAAUCCAUUCUAUCUCGCCAACGAGUAUCGGGAAUAAAAGAGCAAGCCGUACGCAUAAACUCGGUCGACAGCGGCUAUGCCCUCGACGACUUGACCCAAGUCCUCAAAGCACCCAAUCUCGACGCCCUCGUCAUUCCAAAAGUCAACAGUGCUUCUGAUCUACAUUUUGUUACCGAUGUCAUUCGCCAUGCUCUUCCCGAACGACACGAUCCGGACGCCAAAUCUCCACUCAGAUUGAUAGCGUUGAUUGAGUCGGCGCGAGCAGUCAUGGAUCUGUCUGCCAUUUGCAAAGCCUCGCCGUAUUUGAGCGGCCUAAUCUUUGCUGCCGAGGACUUUGCCCUUGAUCUUAGCAUUACGCGUACGCCAGACCUCAAAGAGUUCUUGUAUGCGCGGUCGGCCAUUGCGACGGCAGCUAGAGCGUUCAACCUUCCUUCGACCAUUGAUUUGGUCACGACUGCAUUCCGUGGUGAGCAGGGCCAACAGGUCCUCAAAGAAGAAAGCGAGAGUGGUAAGAGAAUGGGUUAUAACGGAAAGCAAUGCAUCCAUCCCAGCCAAGUCGAGCUGGUACAGAACAUCUUCAGCCCUAGCCAGGAAGAGGUGGAUUAUGCCGUAAGAGUGGUCAUCGCAAAUGAAAAGGCAGAUACUCAAGGUCGAGGCGCCUGGACGUUGGAUGGCAAGAUGAUUGACGUGCCAGUGGUAGGCAAAGCCAAGGCAGUCGUCAAGAAGGCAGAAGUGUGCGGGAUUGAUGUCGCAUCCGUUAGGGAAAAGUUCAAGGACCAAGAACCAGAGUAG